GCUCGGCUGGAACGUUUUUGUCCCUCCCAGGCGACGUCCGAUGGGUGUGUCGGGCAGGAGGUGAUAUUUGACGGGCAGCGGGAGGGAGCUGCGGAGCCGGGCACCAGGCAGGGUGCGAGCAUGGCCUCCCGGGACCCACCGCCCCCCACCACCCACGCGCCGCCCGACGUGCCCACGGGGCUCACGCUGUUUCUCACCAUCCCCUACGCCUUCUUCCUGCCGGAGCUGGUGUUUGGGUUCUGGGUCUGGAUCCUGGUGGCUUCCACCCAAGUGGCAAACCCGUUGCUGCAAGGAUGGGUGAUGUACGUCUCGCUGACCUCGUUCUUCUUCUCUCUGAUGUUCCUGCUGUCUUACUUGUUUGGAUUUUAUAAGAGAUACGAGUUCUGGAAAGUUCUGGACAGCCUGUACCACGGAACAACCGGCAUCCUGUACACCAGUGCGGCUGUCUUGCAGGCGCAUGCCACCAUCGUUUCUGAGACCGACGACCUGAAGAACUACUUCAUAAACACCGCAGCCUCGUUCUUUGCCUUCAUCACCACUCUGCUCUAUGUCCUCCACGCCUUCAGCAUCUAUUACCACUAGGAGCCGGGCCUGCCCCUGCGAGAUGCUUGGAAAGCCUGUUCACUGGAUGAGAAACACAUCAACAAAAUGUUGGUGAGACUAACAGACCGUCUUUUCAGACUGAGCGACGGAAUCAUACUCUGCAUGUCCAUUUGGGCAUUUUCAAUCAUCAGGACGAACACAGAAAAGCUGUUCUUGUCUUUUGCCUGGGAAAGUAACUGACUCUUGGACUGACCGCCAACCUCGCUCUUCCACAUACUAAUCUCUAACGCCCUCACUGGGCCACUCCACCACGCCUGGCUGGGGACUCUGCGAGGACGGUCCCCAGAGCAGGAUCACGGGAAUGCUCAGUCUUACUUUCUUAAAACCAAAACGGUGCUGUCACUACUGCCACGUCUUUGCCUAGACGCACAGACCUUCCCCUGCCCCGUAUUACUGCUCUGCUUUGCAGUGGGGACCGGCCACCUGGCCACCCCGUCCCCCAUCCCCUUCCCUUUCCGCCCCAGCUUUGGGAUUCAAGGAAAAUCUGUGUAAAAUCAAUUUGGGGGGUAGAUUUGUGGGAAUAUAAGUGAGUGACUCUAUAAAAUUGUUAUAUCAUAAGACCCGGGGAGGGGCUCUCUCAGAAAGCGUGCAGCAUGAGGCCUCCAGCACCCCAACUGCAACCCAGAAGGACUAGAAGCCACCUUGUCCCUCAGAAAAGGUCUUAAGAAAGGAGGCAGAAUGUCAUGUGCAAUGACACCCUGUCACAUUACGGGGGACCUCUCAGGAGGCUGGGAAAGGACUCUGUCCGGGCGACAUGCUCUCAGGUGGGCGCCCACUCCCCUCACGUCCCCCAUGCUGCGACCUGGGUGGAGCCUCCUGUAAUGAGGGUUACCAUGGGCUGGUCCUCGCACUGGCAUUUGACUUUUGGACCGUUCUCAACGAAAAGGCUGGCAUCGCACACACAGGAACCUAAACAUCAGGUGCUUGGUUUCAAAGUAAAUGUUUUGAGAGGAAGCUGUGCGUGUGGCGUCUGUGACCUGGGCAGGGGUCCAGCCCUGUCCUCAGCUUCGUGCUGGGUCCCCUGUCCUUGUGGGCUGGGCACAGCCCGUAACUGUACACACUUCUGUCCCUGCAAUAAGUUAGGACGCGGAGGGACUUGUCUCAGCUGAUUGGAGAGCUCACAGUUUCUAUCAGCUUCUUUCUGCUCCUGGGGGGCGGGGAGGGAAAGGGGUACAAGGAGUCACCGAAGACAAAACUGGCUUCACUGUCAUUGACUGCUCUCUCGAAAAGCCACCAUCUAUCUCUCCUUCGUGCCUGGCAGCUGUCUGGGAUGAGCACUGUCCAUAUUUACUGAGUCGCCAC